AUGAAUAGUGAUGAAGCUGAUGUUCUUUUUGCUCACUAUCCUAAGCUUUUGCAUCUUUCAUUGAAGGCUUUGAUGAAAACUCGAGAUGAUGAUGUUUGCCUCAAUUGUAUAGCACUUCAGAUGAUCCUGGCUGAGAAAGGAUUUUUCGUAAAUGCAUAUGCCAAUGACAUAUGUAGCAUGAGUUUGGAUGAGGGAGAUAACUCCAUGAAAAUAACAGAAGAUGGAGAAGGUCGUCCUUCCUUGAAUGUUUUAUUUGCUGAGGCCAUCAAAGGCCCACUGCUUUCGUCUGACAGCCAAGUCCAAUUCAACACAUUAGAUUUGAUCUUCCAUUUUUUGUCCUCGGAAGAAUUUUUUAAAAGGCCAGAUUAUCUGAACUCACUUCUUCCACCUUCUCUGGCAUCUUCCAAAAUUAAGAGUCCGCUGCCCCCACGCCCGCCCAAUCCACUCAAGCGCAAGCUCGCCACUCAUACACUUCCCGAGAACGUAAUGGUUGGGGUCCCCGACUCGGGUGUUCAAAGAGAGAAAUGUCGUUGUUCUUUUCUUCAGAUUUACAAUGAACAAAUCACAGAUUUGUUGGAUCCAAGCCAAAGAAAUCUUCAGAUAAGAGAAGAUGUCAAAUCUGGUGUUUAUGUUGAAAAUUUGACAGAGGAGUAUAUAUGCACAAUGAAGGAUGUCACACAACUACUGAUAAAGGUUUGCUUCGUUUUUUCUUCUUGGAACGCAUAUUUUAAUUUUUGCUUCAGGAAUUUGAUAAAUGUUAUUGCUGAGGUUUCUCAAACAGGAAAGCAAAGGUAUAUUCCCUCUAGAGACUCUAGGUUGACAUUCUUAUUGUAGGAAUCUCUUGGUGGCAAUGCAAAAUUAACAAUGAUCUAUGCUGUUUCUCCUGUGCAGAGUUGCAAGAGUGAAACAUUGACUACACUGAGAUUUGCUCAGCGUGCCAAGGCAAAUAAGAACAAGGCAGUUAUUAAUGAAUUCCUCCCGAGGAGAAAAAGGCUCAGCUCUUCUGUCAGUGGAUUGCCAGACAAAAGAUCACUAAGGAAUUCAGUGAGACAUGGAUCUUCAUGCCCAAUCUCUGAUCCUUUGGCUGGAUCUGUGAUUUCUGUGUGUCCUUCUUGUCUCAGCAUAGUUCGAACUGAUGGAUCUCCAGUUCUUAAGUCUCCAACUCCAAGUGUUUCACCUAGAAUUAACAAUAGCAGGAAAAGCCUGAGGACAUCAUCAAUGCUAAGUGCAUCCCAGAAAGAUCUGAAUGAUGACAACAAGUCUGAGCUAGAUGCUGUGGAUAUGUUUUUAAAAGUCCAUUUCAUUCAAACAAGAAGAAAUUUUGUUGCAACAACUGAACACCUGGCAGCUAGCCUCCAUCGUGUCCUUGAAAUUAUUGAUAGCCACCACCGGAGUUCAGGAUUGAGGCGAUCAUCAUUCAGGUUCUCAUUAAGACCCACUGAUUUUAAACCAGUUUUGCCCAUUGCCAAAGUCGACAUCGGUGUGCAAACUUCUCAAAAUGGUGAGAUGCCAAAAGAAGAUACAUAAUUACCCUUAUGUAACCAUUGCAAGAACAGAAUGCAGCUAGAGGUCAAAGAGGGGAAUGAGAGCUCAAAUCUUCAAUUGGUACCUUUUGUUGACUCACACUCUACGGACAAGUCCAUGAAGCAAUCUUCAGUUCCAAGAGUAAGUAUAAUGAUUUCAGCAGUGGAGAAGGUUUUCGCAGGAGCCAUUAGGAGGGAAAUGGCACUAGAGGACUUCUGUGCCAAGCAAACUUCUGAAAUUAAGCACCUUAAUCGUUUGGUGCAACAAUACAAGCAUGAGAGAGAAUGCAAUGCCAUUAUAGGACAGACAAGGGAAGAUAAAAUUCUGCGCCUUAAAAGCCUUAUUGAUGGUGUUUUGCCAACUGAGAAGUUCAUGGAAGAAGAAUUUGUAGGCCACAUGCAUGAGCAUAAGCUUCUGAAGGAAAAAAUUGAGAAUCAUCCUGAAAUUUUAAGGACAAAAAUUGAACUCAAUAUAGUUCAAGAGCAACUGGAACAUUAUCGGAAUUUCUGUGAUGUGGAUGAAAGGGAAGUGUUUUUGGAAGGGAUUCAAGAUUUAAGAAGCGAGUUACAAUAUUAUAUAGACUCUUCUUCAUUAUCUGCUCGAAAACAAAACUCAAUUUUGCAAUUGACUUAUUCAUGUGAUCCCAAUCUAGCACCACCUCUGACUACAAUCCCAAAGUCAACCGAAAAUAGUGCUGAGGAGAAACUUGAAUGGGAAAGAAUCCACUGGACUGAGGUAGAGAGCAAGUGAAUAUCUCUUGCAGAAGAAUUGAGGAUCAAACUUGAAGCUAGCAGGUCCUUAGCAGAAAAGCAAAAACAGGAACUUGAUGCUGAAAAGCAAUGUACAGAAGAGUUGAAGGAAGCAAUGCAGAUGGCUAUGGAGGGACAUGCAUGCAUGCUAGAACGAUAUGCAGAUCUUUAGGAAAAGCAUAUUCAAUUGCUUGCAAGGCAUAGAAAGAUUCAGGAAGGAAUAGAUGAUGUUAAGAAAGCGGCUACUAGAACAGGAGUAAUGGGUGCUGAAUCUAAGUUCAUAAAUGCUCUUGCAGCUGAAAUUUCAGCAUUGAAAGCUGAAAAAGAGAAAGAGAGGAGAUAUCUCAGGGAUGAGAAUAAAGGGCUUCAAGAUCAAUUGCGGGAUACUGCUAAAGCUGUACAAACCACAGGUGAAGUACUUGUACGACUCAAACAAGCAGAAGAAGCUGUUGCAACUGCCCCGGUGUGCCUCCUGCUUUGUUCAGAUAAUUUUUUCUAUCAUGAAAAGUUCACCUCUUGCUAG